AUGGUGUCUAUAAGGGUCUCUUGCUCUCUACUAAUACUUUUGAUUUUGCAACUGCAUGCACAUGUCUCCAACAGCAAAGAGAUAUUGCCACAAGCUACAAAGGGAGGAGAGCUUCAAUCGGUUACUAGUACGAUAAACCCCAACGAGAAGAAUGUGGGCAAUGGAAUGCGAAACCGGAAAAUGUUGAAAGGAGAGAAGAAGGAUGUGGAAGCAGAAACUACAGAGGAACUGGUGAGGGGAGAAGAAAGAAACGAAGAGAAUGAGCUCAAAACGGCGAGUUUAACGGCCGAUUACUCAGACCCUCUUCAUCAUCCUCCCAGGCAUAAUUAA